GACCCGGACCCAUGGAGCCGGCGGUCCUGGCCUCGCACAACCUCCCGCACCACGAGCCAAUCAGCUUUGGCAUCGAUCAGAUCCUGAGCUGCCCGGAACCCCCCGGGAGCGGCCUAGGCCCCGGUCGCGCCGGCCAGGGCCAUGGGGAGAGUGCAGCGUUCUCGGGUGGAUUUCACGCAACCUCAAGCUAUGGUCCCGCGGGUUCGCUGGCCCCGCUACCUGGCAGCUCAGGCAUGGGCCCAGGCGGCGUGAUCCGCGUCCCGGCGCAUCGUCCAAUGCCAGUGCCUCCGCCCGCGGGAAGCGCGCCAGCAGUGCCUGGACCCUCGGGCUUGGGCGGAGCCGGGGGCCUAGCCGGACUCACCUUCCCUUGGAUGGACAGCGGCCGCCGCUUUGCCAAGGACCGGCUCACGGGUGAGAUUGCCCGACCCUCCAGCGUCCAGUCCCACAUUGACCCCUUUUCCUCAUCUUUGAUCCUUCUGCUCCGACUCAAGUUCCCCGUACGCUCCCCGCCCGGAUCGUCCCAGGGGAUCCUCCCCCAACAUGUUUCUCUUGGUCCUGAUGCUCAGGGAGGCAAUGGGGAGGGAGCUGCCGUCGAUGUCCGCGCCCUCCUUUGCAGCCCACUGUCCACACUGCGGGUAGGGCAGGGUGAAGUUCCGGGGGCUGUCUCUUCCUCACCCAAGGGGGUGGGCCAUUUCUUCCGAGGCCCUUUCUUGUCUGGAGGCCUUUGCUGGGAUGGCGCCCGGCUUCGGACAUCUGGAAGGGCCGCCCUGAAAACCCUGCCCUGUUUCUUCUUCCUCCCUGUAGCUGCACUCUCGCCCUUCUCCGGGACGCGGCGCAUAGGCCACCCCUAUCAAAACCGGACCCCCCCAAAGAGGAAGAAGCCGCGCACGUCCUUCUCCCGCUCGCAGGUGCUGGAGCUGGAGCGGCGCUUCCUGCGCCAGAAGUACUUGGCCUCGGCGGAGAGGGCAGCGCUGGCUAAGGCCCUGCGCAUGACCGACGCACAGGUCAAGACUUGGUUCCAGAACCGGCGCACCAAGUGGCGGCGCCAGACCGCGGAGGAGCGCGAGGCGGAGCGGCACCGCGCCGGACGGCUGCUCCUGCACCUGCAGCAGGAUGCCCUACCGCGGCCUCUGCGGCCGCCGCUGCCCCCGGACCCACUCUGCCUGCACAACUCGUCGCUCUUCGCGCUGCAGAACCUGCAGCCCUGGGCCGAGGACAACAAGGUGGCUUCCGUGUCCGGGCUCGCCUCGGUGGUGUGAGCGACGCCUGCCCGACCGGCCGAGAGCUCUCUAACGGACUGAGGCGCCGCGCGGAGCGCCCGGCCCAGGACCAUGGAGCGCGCGGCUGACCACGCCGUGGUGCCGUGGUUCCGUGGUAGCGGAGCUGGUGAGGAGGAGCUGGCUUUGAGGCUGUCGUCGAGGGCUCCACGGCCGCCGCUGGCUCCCAGGCUUGCGUUUCCAGGUUGUGCCGCGCGUUUAGACGUGGCCUUUCCCGCCAUUUCCCACUUAACUACGGUCGCAAGGCAGCUGGAACCCGAGGAGCCCAGAAGGCGGGACUUGCGGUAUAGUAGCCAAUGAGGUGAGGGGAGGGGGCGGGCUGGCCAAUGGGAGCUGCUCUCCCGAGGACUUUGGAUUCUUCGGAGGGUGGGUUCAAGCUGGGGUUCUGGACCCACAGAGCAGCCUAAAGGUGGUGCUGGGAAGGGAUGGCGGCAGCUCGCACGGCCUGGGUCUGUAUCAAAGGUGCGAAGGAAGGAAGACACCAAUGACAGCGGAAUAAUGGAAGAGGAGCUAGAGGGCAAGGUUCUGACUGUGACAGGAACCAGAGGGUUAUCCACACCGGGCAUCUCAUUCUUCAACUGUAAAAUAAUCGCUAAGGAUACCUUUCUGACUUUGAACCUCAUGUUGUGUGUGUUCAACCUUCUGACUCCUCCUCCUCCU